AUGACGUCAAUGGCGGUGCAGACGAAACUGCGCUGCAUUCGCUUGCAGCAGGGCCUCGUCGCUCGCCUGCGGUCGUCAGUGACGCCGCGCGCACGCAAGCAGCUCCCCGUGCGCACCCAGCGUCGCGCCACAGCUCGCCCCGUGCGGCACCAGUCGGCUCAGCAACUCCCCGUGCCGUCACCAGUCGGCUCACAGCCUGCCCCGUGCCGGCACCAGUCGACUCACAAGACUCCGCCGUGCGUCACCAGUCGGCUCACAGCUCACAACUCCCCCGUGCGUCACCAGUCGGCUCACAGCUCCCCCGUGCGGCACCAGUCGGCUCACAGCUCCCCCGUGCGUUACCCCUCGCCGUACGGGGAGCGGCAUGGGACGUCGCCGCACCGUUCACCCGUUCGGCAGACAUCUCCCAUUGCGAACAAUGGAAGCGGAAUAUCGUUCCUCCCGCAGCAAAGUCCCGCGCCGACCAGUGGAACUGGAAGCUACAAUCAGCAGAGCAUGUUGCCACUUCAGACGCAGUCCGACCAGCAGCUGACGGCUGUCGGGAAGGCAGAGUUUGGGCAGGCCUUGGUUGAUUCUGUCAGCCUGUUUGGACUCGCCCAACUACUCCAGUCACAGGAGAGCGUCAAUGAUGACGAACAAAGAUACGUGGAUUAUCCUCUAGAGCCGCCUAGUGGAUACAAGCAGCACACGCCGCUUCCUAGCUUUCAGGAUACAUACUUUCACCGGCCUGAUGGUUUCAAUGAGGGCACGUCGAGCGGCGCGUUCCAGCAGGCGCCCAAUGUGGCACAAUUGACUGACGUCUACCAGAGUCAGAGCGCGGUGUCGUCGUCGCCUUACCACGCGCCGUCGCCGACGCACCAGAGUCAGCAUGCGCAGUCGCCGACUGGAUCACACUACAGCCAAAUGCAGGAUGUGGGUCAGGUGUUCCAGACAGACAGUGCCGCUCAGUAUUAUCCCCAGCCGCCGCCUCCGCAGCUGUCGAGGGGUCGCUCGAAGCCAAUGCUACAGCGACAAGACAGCGUCCAUAGCGUUGGCAGCGUCGGCAGUAUUGGAAGUCCUGCUCCGUCGACACCCUACCGACGGGACAGCUACGCCGGAUCACCCUGUAGCUUUGCAUCGGACAAGUCGCAGUUCAAGAGGCAGGACAGCUUCGGUGGGUCAUGCAGUCCAGCGAGCAGCUUUCGAAGUGAUAGACCACCGAUCCAGAAACAGGACAGCUUUGGCGGAUUAAGCAUGGCCAGUAGUGUGGGCAGUCCAGCUAGUCACCACAGCGAACGGACGUUUCAACGACAAGACAGCUUCGGUGCAAUGAGUCCCUCUAGCUAUCAGGGCAGCACCUAUGCUGAGGACAUGUCUCCCGUUCCGUCAGUAUUUGACAUGGAUGAGUCAAUGUCCAUGCCAUCAACUCCUAGUCUCCAAACUCAGCAGAGUUUUGGCUUUUACUCUGGUCAGCAGCAGCAGCAGCAGCAGCAGCAGCCAGCGGGGUCCCUGCCCAGCCCUGAUACUAACUAUCAAAUACAGACGUCGUCUGUUGGCCUGGGCUACCAAGCCAAUGUUAGGGUUGGCAUUAUGCAAGGUGUAAUGCCGCCUGGAGGGCCUUUGCCACCACUUGAUCUUGGAGCAGCUUUUCCCGUUGAACAGUCUGGGAUGGGACAGUCGUCAAUGCAUUCUCCAGCUACGCCACCAACACCAACGUCACGGCAGGCGUCUCCCAGCUCGCCCGUCAAUCCUAGCCAGCUAUGCGCCGUGUGCGGUGAUAACGCUGCCUGCCAACACUACGGCGUGCGCACCUGUGAGGGCUGCAAGGGGUUCUUCAAGCGCACGGUGCAGAAGAAUGCGAAAUACGUGUGCUUGGGUAACAAAGAGUGUCCGGUAGACAAGCGCCGUAGAAACCGUUGCCAGUUCUGCCGCUUCCAGAAAUGCUUAUUCGUCGGAAUGGUGAAGGAAGUCGUGCGAUCGGAUGGGUUAAAAGGGCGCCGUGGCCGGCUGCCAUCCAAACCAAAGAGCCCACAGGAGUCGCCACCAUCGCCACCUAUUUCGCUCAUUACAGCGCUAGUCAGAGCACACGUGGACACGACUCCAGAAAUUGCAAAUCUAGAUUAUUCAAAUUUUAUAGAAUACGACGAGCCUCUCUCCGAUACCGAGCAAGUUAAGCAAUUCUUUGAUCUCUUAACGUCAUCAAUUGAUGUCAUCAAAACAUGGGCAGAAAAGAUUCCUGGAUUUGUAGAACUGUGCAAGGAAGAUCAAGAUCUUCUUUUCCAGUCUGCGUGUCUAGAGCUGCUCGUACUGAGACUCGCUUACAGAAUGAAUCCGGGCGACGAGAAGCUGGUGUUCUGCAACGGCGUCGUAUUGAGCCUGACCCAGUGCGAGCGUUCGUUCGGGGAGUGGAUGCAGGCCAUCAUGGAUUUCUCCUCCUCGCUGCACGCCAUGAACUUGGACAUUUCUGCGUUCGCCUGCAUGUGCGCGCUGACGCUGAUCACAGAAAGACAUGGCCUGAAACAGUCUGAUAAGAUGGAACAGCUUCAAAUGAAAAUCGUCAACUCGUUGCGUGAUCACUGUACGUACAACGCGGAAGCACAAAAGAAACCGCACUACUUCUCCCGAGUGUUGUCGAAGAUUCCCGAAUUGAGGUCGCUUAGUGUGGCAGGACUACAACGUAUCUUCUAUCACAAGUUGGCAGAGCUCGUACCCUUGCCAAAGCUCUUCGAAAAUAUGUUCGAGACAACUCUACCUUUUUAACUCCACCCGUUUGCAUAUUGUGUUUAUCCCGUCGCCGGUCGUAACGUAGCUUUUUAUCUAAGUGUAAUUAAAUAUUAUAUCACUGUGUACGAGGCACGUGCGUGGGAUGUUCGUGAUUUCUGUCACCCGGUGGUUGGAAUUUUAUACAAAUGCAGAAUACAUGUGAAUGCAGGCUAGGUUAAUAGGCAUAAGUAUAUAGAGUAUAGGUAUACGUGUGUUCCAGCGUGACCAUUUCGGUAUGGCUUGCUGGCAGCCUUUCUGCUGGUAUUAUGGCUUUAAAUUUUAUACUGUUCAGAGUUCGCAUGGUUUGAGAGUGAUUGUUCCUAUAUGUGUUAAACAUUGUUGUAGAAUGUACGUUACGCCUUUCACAUAAAGAUAGCAUCUGGCUGGUCAUCUCAUGAAAGGUCGUCCGUAAAGGUUCAUAUUGCGUGGUGUGGACUAAGCCUAUUCUAGAAGUGCUAGGUAUUGAAUGAUAAUUCCAUAUAAGCAUUAGCUACUUGCCAACUAUGGCCUUUGGAUUCACUGUAAACAGCUACUGUCGACAUGCUACCUAUGGGUCAUGAAAUAUCAAACAUGAAAAAACGCCGGUAGGAUGUAUGUAUACCGAAUGCUGUCAGGCACAGGACACGUAUCGACGGAAAUAAGGUCUUGAUAGGUAAAUAGUACUCGGUUAGACAGGCUCGAUAACUGAUAUACACGAAAAUCUACUACACAUGCGACAUUUGCGUAUCAAUAGAUAGGGAUACGUAGAGUUCGCAAUGCCCGAGCAAAGCAGAAGCUAUUAUAGUGCUUAGGCCAUUGCCUGGCCUUGCACAGCAGGUACUUUCUAGAUAAUUUUGUUUAGAUGGCAUAUGCAUAACAAUCGUUUCAGGCGUCCUCAAGCGCCCAGUGCCGCAAUUGCGUACAGUUUACUCUUUUCUCGUUAGCAUUUGGAGUUCUACUACUUGCACUGUACGAAUAACAACAGUUUAACUCGUCGUAUAUAGCAUCCCGAUACUGGUCAAUCGUAUAUAAUUCUGGAAAAAUCGAAGAUCAAAACAUUGACAUAAUUUAUUACAUCUUCAUGGUGCUCUCCCCCGCAAAAAGUUUUGUUUGUUGGCUAAUUUCUUAAAACAGGAAUUGAAUUCUUGAACUUUUUGGGACGCUAGGCGAACACGGGGCAUCGAUGAUGUUUGCACCUGAAACGCACCUUUGCAACGAUUUUUUGUGUCGAAAGGACGAUUGACCAGUAAUCAUGGCGACAGCCACGCACACGCACGCACGCACAUACGCACGCACGCACGUACGCACGCCCGCACACACACACACACACACACACACACACACACACACACACACACAAACACAUUCCACGAACAUUUUUGUUCGUAGUGAAAUGCUGAGAUAACUAGGCUCGCACGAGAACUCCAAUAGAGUGAAAAGGUUGCCCUUUCGUUUAACAACUCUCGCAAUGCAUGUGGUACCCAUGCACGAGUAUGUGAACGUAAAAUUGAACCUAUGUGUGUGUGCAUGUAUAAAACAUUCGAGAAUGAGGUGUCUGUGCGAGCUGAGCUUGUUGACGUUGGGUGGAUGCUUCAUCCUCUACUUAUAUUUAGUUCGUACAAUACUGUAAACGAGUCCGUGUCACCAACACCCUUAAAACGUAAUGUAAACGUUUCCAACUACCUGUUUUCACUGUGAACACUAGGUGUGUGUCUGUUGAUCGUUUUGCUAUAUGUGACUGUUGUGUUAAGUUUAAAGAAAUAUAUUGACAAUUCUAGCAUAUGUUGCACGAAGGCAUAAUGGCAAGCUAUCUGUACGUUAUGAUGUCUAUGCCAUCUACUACUGCCAUCAGCUUUUUCAGUUUCUAGAUCUCGUUCCUAAUUUGUUCAAGAUAUGAAAAAUUAGGGUGCAUAUUUUCUCGUUUUAAGCUUAGAAUCUUUUGAAACGUUUGUAGUAAAUCAGAGUUAAUUACGGCAGAUAAAACGUUAUUAAACGUUUCAUUUCAUUAGUUUAAACAUUUUAAUGUUGGUUGUUAAAUUAAUAUUAUGAUUAGUGAAAUAGUAAUAUUUGCUUAUUAAAAUAAUAGAAGGUACAUAAUUAAUAGAAUUGAGUAGCUAUGCCGGCUACUCUAUCGCCUACCGUCUAUAAUGGGCGAGGCCUGCGUAAAAGGGGGUUGUAUCAAAUCCAGCAGAAACAUUUGCUCGAUAAUUUCUGGCAGACGAUUUUUGAUAUGGCGUAUUUUUGUACCGCAGCAUGGCCGGUGUGAAUGCUUGUUAUAAUAAAAGGAAUGUUGUUACGCAAUUAUUGUACCACCUUUUACGAGAUAGGGCGCUGUCACUACACGGGAACAUGUCGCCUCGUGAUUUACCCUAGCUGUUUUCUUUCCCUUUACACAGUAACGUAAACGCCCUGAGCAUGACAGACGCUAUGACGCCCAGAUAGGCCUACACAAUAUGCAUUGCAUGCUAUUUUCGGCAACGCUGCCAUAAACUUCAUGCAGUUACAAGCAGUAUAUAUAUAUACAUAUAUAUAUAUAUAUAUAUGUAUAUGACCCAGCCGACACCAUACUAAAACCACGCAUACAUGGACGAAACAAAUACGUUUAUUUUGCGUAUAAUAGCUGCCUACAAAAUGACCUCCAGUAUAACAACGCAUGCAGGCUCUACCCACGUGCCGUUUCUCAGCCCACCUGCUGUUCCGUAACGCACAAAUCAGGAUUGUGUUAUUAACAGUACUCUGUCUCUCUGUAUAUGAACUGACAGCCUCAAUGACAUAAUUUCAAUAUAGUGAUUGCUCUCCAUCGCAGUAUAAAGUUCCAUAACAAUGUAUGUGACGUAUUUGAAUGUGUAUGUGCAUGAUCACUAAUUACUCGUCAUAAUCAAUACCAAUUUUCUCUCGUGCUAUGAAGAUGUUACCUGGCGAUUGAAUGUUUGGCUGUCUGUGUGCCUGUUCUACCUGUUUGUGCCUGAAGUCGUCGAUAACACUAGACUAAAAUUGCGAUACGUAGGUAAAUUAAUUUUUGUGAGGGCCGGGACCAUUAGUAACAGAUGUUUAAUUGUCGAAGUCAGAAGCAGAUAUUUUUUUCAACCGACGGUUAGCAGGGGACCAAAGUAGGCAUACAGCGUUGAUAAUUUUGUAUGAGGGUAAAUAAACGGUUCACAGACAUCUGACUAUGGUCAAUCAACGUUACCCACGUCGUAUUAUAGGUUUGACCGUAAGUAUACAUAUCUCAUGCUAUACAGGUAGAUGUAAUCAAUGACUAAAUAAUAACGGUUAAAUCAAUGCGCUGUGUGACAUUUUACAGCGACACACGACGCACUUGAAUUAGCCAAACUAUUUAAUAAUACAAAUCCUCUACUGAAAUAAUAUCAGGAGUGAAUAAUAAUAGACCAUAAUAGACCAUAACAAUCUAGUAUUAUACACUCCUGAUACUAUUAUAUAUAUAUAAAUAUAUAUAUAUAGUGCUUUUCACUUAUUGAUUUAUACCACGGGAUUAUAGUUGCUUAUUCGAUUCAAUAGUAUAUUCGUUCUCGUUCGUUUGUUCAUUCAUUUGUUCGUAAGUUCGUUUUUUCGGCCAUACGUUCGUUCGUGCGUUCGCUCAUUCGUACGCGCGUUCGUAGUUUUGCUGGUGUUUCGGUUGCUCCUUUAAUCCUUCGCUUGUUAUUUCGUUCGUUGGUUUGUUCGUGCAAUCAUUCAUGCAUUUAUUCUAUUAUUCAUUCGUUAGGCGCAUCCAUAAAUCCACCGGCCAGUGUCUAAUUAACUAGUUGUUGAAUUUGUCAUUCACGUAUUGAAUCAGCCAGUAAUACAGCCACACAGUCACUUCGCAAAACAAUCUUUCCUGCCAUUAUACUUUGCAUUAAAAACUCUAUUACUAAGAACGCGGCACUCGCGAAGAAUCGCGCAAAGGCUAUGCGAAUUUAACUCAAUGGGCAUACGCUAUUCGUUUAUCUUAGUCGUGUUACGCCAUUAGUCUGUUGCUGCUCUGCCUAGAGGACCGAUACCCAAUCUUAACCUUGGUUUAUAACAUUACUCUCCCUCAUCUGUGACCUGCAUAUGUAUUUGGCUGAAACUAAGAGUGCACAAGCGUCUGGAAGAAUGGCAGUUAUGUUCUUUGGUACUGUCCAAGCCUGGAAAGCUUGGAUAACGGAUAUGUUCGUUGUUAAAUUUUUCUGUCUCGACAAUCUAAAAGCCCAGACACACCUAAGAUGUACGCGUAUCAUGUCAGCUGCCAAUCCUUGUCUCAGCUCUCCUGCAAAGAAUAGCUCAAUACAACCUGCCUAGAAACUUACAGACUUACAAGAAUUUGUUAGGUGUUCAACAUGGUUUCGCCAAGUUGGCCGUUCACGUUUAGAAGGGUGAUCGGUCAAUAUAGCCGGCUGUAAAUUGUAAACAUACUGCGUGCUGGAAAUAUUAUGUUAGCGAACCAGAAGUCGAAGCUAUGUAACAAAAUCAUCAUGCUAUGUUGGCGUGCGCAUUAGAAAAUCUCUAUAGCACUGCCACAGCAGAUUACUUACAUGACCAUGUCCAUUUGAUGUGAUAUACUGGUAUUUUAAACGCUACGCAAUUUACUGUCAGAUUAUUUAUAGUGUGGUACAUAAUUAUUGUCCAUGUGAGAGGAGUACGUGCGGCAUUUUAAAUCGUGUAUGGCUAUAAAGUAUACGGUGUAUAUAAUAAGUAUUGUUCUCACGUGUACGUGGAGAAAAUUUCGUUAUCAGUGUUACGUUGUUUUGACGUGAACAGUUGAAGUUAGGAUAUUUGAUUUUCAGAGUUUAUGUUUAUGGACGGGAGAGCGCUACAUAACGCGUUAACGGUUACGCGGGCGGCCUACUAGAUUUAAGGUUACAGUGUUAGUCACGCUUUGUGGAAAUUAGUAUUGUAAUUAUUUUAAAGUUCCAUACACGAUUCGACAAGCAUAAUGACGAUAAGUCGUAAGGAAAGCAUUCGGAGACAGGCAAACCUAGUAUCACGAUCGCUUUCGAUACUACGGCUUAACGUCACGCAUUCUCGCAUGCCGUUGCUAUAUUCAUUCCUUGCAUCUACAUACGUCGGAAGAGUGCAGCAAUUGCGCGCGAUGUAUGGUUAUGUAGCGUUGUAUGUCUUCGAAAUUCAAGUCCGCACAAUGUUGUCGCACUAUCAUCUUCGUACAUGUUUACUUUGGUUUCAUUGCGUGUAGUACAAGUCCAAAAAGCUGAAUGAUGUAAAAAUUGCUGAUGAUUA